UGUCUCAGUUACUUCUUUUUUAUUUUCUUGGUAGGGUGUCUCAGUUAGUUCACUCCAGAGAAAGAAAGAUUAUAGUUUCUUCUUUCUUGGGUUUCUCCUUCCUUUCAUUCCCUUCUUUCUUUCUUUGUUUCUUUAUCUAAAGAGUUGGGUUGUCUGGGCAGUAGUAGUGUUGUAGUAACUUUUUUUUUUUUUCUAUUAACUGUUUGAGAGAGAUGAACAUGGAGAGGAACCAAGAGAGAAAGAAGGGGAAGGGUCGUCAGAAAAUUGAGCUUAAGAUGAUUGAAUCCAAAGAAAAUCGUCAUGUCACUUUCUCAAAACGGAGAUCUGGGAUUUUCAAAAAAGCUAACGAGAUCACUGUCAUGUGUGGUGCUGAAAUUGCUGUCGUUGUUUUCUCUCCUGCAGGCCAGGUUUUCUCUUACGGCAGCCCUUCUGUGACAUCAGUCAUAGACAGGUUUCUCAACCAACAAAACUCUGCCCGUGACCGUGACGGUUCCCGUUCCGGUUCCGGUUCCGGUUCCAUUUCCAGUUCGGCCGCCGCUGCCGCUGCCACUGUCGUUGACGCCGACGCUGACGCUGUCAUACAUGCACUGCGAAUGCUCAUGGACAGUGAUGAGAACCUUGGGGGAGAAAGUACGAUUAAUGAGUUGAACAGAGAAUAUGCGGAAGUGCUGAAGCAACUGGAGAAUGAGAAGCAACGAUCUUCCGAACUUGGCCAGAAAUCUUUUUGGGAAGAACGAAUCAAUAAUAUGGGAAUGUUUGAGCUUGAGCGGCUACGGAACAAUGCGGUCAAGAGGGUUGGUGAGCUAAAGGCUGCGAACACUGUCUCUGCUAGUUCCUCGACUUCCGUACCGAUGAAUCCUCUGGCUAUGGUGGAAUCUUCUGCAAAUUACCCAAAUCCCAACUUUGAUGCUUCUUCAAUGGUCCCUUACGGACGUGGUGGUGGUUAUGGUUUCGGACCUAGAUUUUACUGAUGAAGAACUGUACUAAUGGUCCCUUUUCUGCAGGAUUGCGAUCCCUAUGUUUUUCUGUUUCUUUAUUUCGUCUUUGUUUUUUUCGGUUAUUUGGGUAGAAAAGUUUCAUUUCUGUUUCUUUGUUUCAAAUUGUCUCAUGUUCUUGUCAUAUGGAUUUCAUGUUCUUGUUAA